UCUGGUUGCGUUGUCUUCGAACUCGUUCACCGUUCCCCCCUGAAGCGUAAUCCCAAACUUGAGGUCGCAGCUCCUCUUGUUCCGCUCCCCCCUGCUCGCAAUGCGCUUCGCAGCCCUGGUUAUCGGCCUUCUGGCCACCUUUGUGUCGUCCGUGGCCGCUACGGCCCUGACCUACCGCCUCGAGGCCAACGAGAAGGCUUGUUUCUAUAACUAUGUUGACCAGAGGAACGUGAAGCUCGCAUUCUACUUUGCUGUCCAAUCCGGCGGUUCCUUCGAUAUCGACUACUCCGUUGUCGGGCCCGGCGAAAAGGUGGUCCUGGAUGGCACCAAGGAAAGACAGGGCGAUUUUGUGUUCACGGCCCAAAGCAUUGGCGAGUACCGGUUCUGCUUCAACAAUGAUAUGUCGACCUUUGCGGAGAAGAUUGUCGAUUUCGAGAUCGCGGUUGAGAACGAAGAACGCGCACAGUUGCCCUCCCGCCAGGGUGCUAGCCCCGAACAGGCCUCCGCUCUUGAGGAGUCGAUCUUCAAGCUGUCCGCCCAGCUCUCCACCAUCACCCGCAACCAGAAGUACUUCCGCACGAGAGAGAACCGGAACUUCAGCACCGUUCGUAGUACGGAGCGUCGUAUUUUCAACUUCAGCGUGAUUGAGGGCUUGAUGAUGGUUUCGAUGGCUGCGCUGCAGGUCUUCGUUGUGAGGUUCUUCUUCCAGGGUGCCAGAAAAGGUAAGUGUCGAUGUCUUUUUACACUUGAGUUCCGAGGGUUUCAGUUGCUAUGUGUUAUGCCCCGUUUGGUAAUGGGGCCGAUGGAGCUGAUUAAUUGAUACAGGUUACGUGUGAUGAUGUGCGAGCAUGAUGAAAGUAUUUCUUCUGUCCUUUGAUUGUGGCGUCUGUUUGUAUCUACCCGCUGUUGUAGGGAUCUAGAGCAUUUUUUUCUCCUGGUAAUGGAGCUGGUCAAUCGGAACAAACAUCUUGGUAUCAACGUGAAUUUCAUUUCGGGUUAGGCGUGGUGGAUCGAUAGCUGAGUUUGAGGCAUGACGU